AUCAAGUCGUUCGCGUCGCCCGGGUCACGUUCUCGUGACGUCACGACAGAGCGGCGCGCGAGUGACGUCGCGAUGGAGUACAUGCGCAUGGUGAAGCGGGUGUGGGACACGUACCGCUUCUAUGGCGGCCUGCGCGGUUCGCUGUGGCAGAUAAUGAGGAUGGACGAGUUCCGUAUCGGCACCCUGGUCGGCACGGACAAGUAUGGCAACAAAUACUACGAGGACAAGCGCAACUUCUUUGGCCGGCACCGCUGGGUGGACUACACGUGGAAGAUGAAUGAGAAGAACACGUUCUGGGACAAGGACGGCAGCAUGGUGCCUCCUGAGUGGCACCGUUGGCUGCACAGCAUCGCAGACGAACCUCCGACCACACAUCCGCCAGAGCAGCGGCCGUUCAUAUGGAAGGAGCACAAAAUGAACAUGAGCGGCUUCAACAAGCAGUACGUGCCCUACUCGACCGUGCGUCCAAAGAUCGAGUCCUGGGUGCCGCCCAGUGGAGCCACCUCCCGCUGAGCUCUCACACACACACACACACGUGUGUACGCGUGCAAGUAUGAGUUCGUGUACAUACAUGUGUAGACUUGGGGUCUCUGCAACGAGCUCUGCAACUCGGGUGUCGUUUUGCCUCUUGGGGUGUGACAAUUCAUCGAUUAAAAUAAAUGAUUUAAUACGAGCCGACCGGAUAUAUUUUCCAUGCAAAUUGUUUGAGAAUGCUAGGGCGUAAUCGAGGCAACCUGCCCGAUAAUUGAAACGGGGCAUCGCAAAACAAUUUUUUUUUUAAAUUAAUGCGCGACUACAGAAAUGUCACGGCUUAUUGAAUUGCAGAUGAGUGAAUCGUUGCAUCCCAAGUUUCUGUUAUCAUCUGUGAAUCUAUGAUACCCGAGUCCCUUACAAACACAUGUUUUGAAGAACUCCCCAGCCAUCACAAGCGAUGAAGUCAAAACUUUGGUGAAGUUAUAGCGGAACUGUGCAGGCGCCUGAAUAGAGUGCGUUAUCUGCGUUUGUAAAAUAAUAAAUCUCCGCCCUGCCUUCG